AUGAAGAUCGAUAGAGUCACCAAUAUUAUUGGGAUAUUACAUUCAGUGUUGGUAGAAAACACUAAGCGAAGUAAUGAAGACAGAUCGGAUUGUGCCGUCUCAUUGAAAGGAAUGAAGAUGUCAAAUUUGGAAAUCUAUGGAUCUGAAGAUAGUUCAAAAACUCCCGUUUCAUUACAAGAAAUAAUCUUGCCGGAUUUUAUAAUAGUGGCAAACGCAUUGGCUUCAAAGGGGCAGAUAGAUUUAAGAACUCAAUGCUCACAAAGUGCUGAUGUAAACUUUUAUGACGUCUAUCAACACUUGGGGUUCAUCACUGAAGAAUGUAAAUCACUCGACCUUUCAAACAUGUGCUUAAAAAGACUUCCAAUCAAAGCGAUAGCGUGUAUGAAGAACUUAAAAAUGUUAAAUGUGUCGUAUAAUCCCCAUUUAGUCCUCAAAAAUAAAGACCUUAGAGUUUUAAGGGAAAGAAUGGAGAAAAUAAUUUUUAGAGGCAUGGGCCAAAUCUACCUGAAUCAGCUAAUAAAGCUAAUGAAGAUGCCAAAGCUAUCUUACAUGGAUAUUUCAUACAACGAUUUAUCAGUAAUGCUUUACAGUGAUGAGUUUAAUUUCGAAAUACCAGGAGCUAAAUUCCAGGGGCUGAGGAUGAGAAGUUGCCAGUUGGACUUUAACAAUUUUAGAAUGAUUGUAUCGAAAUUUAGACAUUUGGAAAUCUUGGAUGUUUCGGAAAAUCCCAGGAUAGGCUCAACAAAGCCAGAAAACAAGAAGAUCAUAUUUGGAAAUUUGAAAAAUACGCUUAAAGACCUUGACAUGAAUUUUUGCAGACUAGACAUAGAAUGGAUGAAAUCAAUCUGUGAUUGUAAAAAAUUAGAGAAGUUAAAUCUGAGCCAAAACGGAGAAAUAGGAAGAGUGAAUCCUAAUAGUCUCGACUUCUGCAACUUAAGAAGAAGCCUUACUGAGCUGACGAUGCGCGAUUGUAAUAUUAAUUUAGAUUGGCUUAAGAAAAUAUGUACAUUUAAGCAACUGUCAAGGCUAGAUGCUAGCUUUAAUGAUGAAAUUGGAGAAAGAAUAACGUCUGAAUUUGAUCUUGGCAACCUGAAAGGCACUCUUGUUGAGCUGGACUUAAUGAAAUGUGAUUUGAAUUCGAAUGCUUUAAGUGCUAUUUGCAAGCUUGAGAAACUAGAAAAGCUAAAUCUCAGUAGAAAUAGUAAAAUUGAGAACAGUAAGGUUUCAGAGGUUGAUUUUGGCAACCUGAAAGGCACUCUUGUUGAGCUGAACUUAAUGAAAUGUGGCUUGAGUUUCAAUACUUUAAGUGCUAUUUGCAGGCUUGAGAAACUAGAAAGGUUGAAUAUCAACAUGAAUUAUUCUAUUGGAUGGGCUAUGCUAUCAAAUUUUGACGUUGGUAAUUUGAAAGGUACUCUUGUUGAAUUAAAAGCAAUGGAAUGUGACCUAAACUUGGAUGGGCUGAAGGCUAUUUGUAAGCUUGAAAAUCUAAAAUCGUUAGAUAUUGGCUAUAAUAAAAUGCUUGGAUAUGGCAUAUCAUCGGAUUUUCACUUCGACAAUAUAAGAAAUACUCUCGUUGAACUAAAAGUCGAUGGUUGUAACUUAAGCUUAAAUGGGCUGAAGGCUAUUUGUAUGCUUAAGAAGCUAGAAAAGCUGGAUGUUUGUUGGAACGUAUUCCUUGGACAGGAUAUGACUUCAAAUUUUGACUUUGCUAAUAUAAGAAGUACCCUUACUGAGUUGAAACUGUUGUGCUGUGGCUUAAACUUAGAUGCAUUGAAGGCUGUCUGUAAGCUGGAUAAGCUAGAAAAGCUAGACAUUUCUUUUAAUCAAAAUAUUGGACAAGAAAUGGGCCUGGGCUUUGAUUUUGGAAACCUAGCAAAUACCCUUAUUGAGUUAAAGGCAGAGCGCUGUAGUUUAAGUAUUUAUGGAUUGAGAGCUAUUUUCAAGCUUAAGAAGUUAAAAAGAUUAGAUAUUUGCUGGAACUUGGGCAUUGGGCGAUUUAUAACACCUGGCUUUGAUUUUGAAAAUUUGGAGAGUACUCUCAUUGAACUAAAAAUGAGGUGCUGUGAUUUAGAUGCUGAUAUAUUAAAGGCCACUAAAAACCUCAAAAUGCUAGAAAGGCUAAAUAUUGGAUACAAUCUGGAGAUUAGACGAAGACUGACAUCAGAAUUUGAUUUUGGGAGCUUGACCGAUACUCUUGUUGUAUUGGAUCUAAGACGCUGUCAAAUUGAUAGUACGUUGCAUAAAACAAUUAGGAGUAAGUUCAAAAACACAAGAGUAGUGUUCUAA